CUUCAAAACCCCAUUCUUCAUCUCUCUCUCUUUCCUUUAUGGCCAAAGAAAACUCCACCAGUAACUCCGUCUGCCACGGCGGCGAUCAGUCGCCGGAGGAGAGUGGCUGGACCAUCUACUUCCAAGAUUUCCUCAACACCAACCACCCUACUCACUAUCCUGCCUCCUCUUCAUCUCAUCCGUCGCCCGAUCAAAGCUACUCCGUCGCCGACGCCGCCUCCUCCAUCGCCAAUCACAAACUACCCGUCGACGACAACCGAGCUGCCAUGGAUCCCAAUUUGAGCUGCAAAGAUCAUAUCAACCUUUUCAAGAGAAGGAAGAUGAUCAAGGAGUUGUUGGUUGAAGAUGAAGCUUUGGAGGAUACAGCUAGCUCUCCGGUUAACAGUCCAAAGGUUUCUGAUACAAAUUUCUUCAGUAAAAACCCGAGAUACAACGAGAACCGGAUAAAGGUAAAUGAGAGAAGAGAAAUGGGUUUAGUAGGAAUUGGAAAUGAGUACAAAGAGUUGAAGAGAAGAGGGCUUUGCUUGGUACCUUUGUGUAUGGUAAUGAAUUAUUUGGCUCAAUAAUUGCUAUCUCUCUCUUGUUUGUGUGCAUAUUCAUUGGAUGAAGGCUAUUGUGUAUGAUACAAUGUCUAACACUUUGGUGUAUCAUUAUUGUAAUCAAAUCAAUGCAUUACAAUAUUUAUGUUCUUA